AUGACCGCACGCGUCACCGGCCAGCGCUUUCGCCAGCGCAAGCUGUCGACGAAGCAGAACUUGGUCAUCCUGCGCGAGCAUGAGGUCGAGAAGCUCAUCGAUGAUGAUCCUGCUCGACACGUCCCAAAGGUCGAGACGGGCGUCGAAAAGGGCGAAGAAGGGGAGCACCAUUUGCAAGCCGUCAUCUCUGCGGCGCAAGCUGCAGCACAGAGCGGCGGUAAGAUCGCCCAGCUCUACAUUCCCACCCCAGAGGCCGUCGCCAGUAAGUUGCAGUAUGAAGACCUCUAUCCCAAGAACUUCACACAGCCUGCAACGUACAUACGGUACUCGUCCACGGUCGAAGAUACCAUAGGAUGUCCGUACUGCAUGAAUUCUGAAGACCUCGCUUGGUUGAAAGCCUACAACCAGCGAAGGGAUAAGCGUGAAAGGUGUUCUGAAGAUGAGUUCGAAGAGGUGAUGAACUUCUUCGAAGAGACUUCGCAGACCAAGCAACCGUUUGCUCAAGUAGACAAUGCGCCCGUGCUUUCUUUUGAAGACCUCCAGGCGGAAUUCGACGAGACGAUAAGUGAGUCGUCGAGACGGUUCGCAAAGGAUAUCUAUAGUCAUUGGAAGGAGCAGCGGUUACUCAAGGAGAACCAUCCCUUACUACCCCAACUCAAGUUCGAGACGAACCAGGAGACAGAUGACUCCGACCCGUAUGUCUGCUUCCGUCGUCGCGAAGUGCGGCAAGUGCGCAAGACUCGUGGUCGAGACGCGCAGGUGACGGAGAAGAUCAAGAAGUUGCGCAAGGAGUUGGAAGAUGGUCGACUGCUGAUGCACCUCGUCAAGCGACGAGAAGUCAUCAUCCGAGACCAGCUCGCCCACGACAAGGCAAUCUUUGAGGGUCGCAGGGCGCUCACGGAGAGCAAGAGGAAGUUGGGUAUCAAGGGCGACGACGAAGAGCUCUUGGUCAACCAGAAGAAGCCUGCCCCCAAACCAAAACCGAGAGUCGACGUCGCUGCGGUCCAGCGUGGCAUCCCUGGUAUGGGCCAGAAGCCGCCCGCGGUACGUCCCGAUGGCCGCCUCGUGGACUCAGACCUCGUGUAUCUCGAGGACCAGCUCAACAAGAAGUCCGAGGCGAUCGACCGAUUCAUCGAGGAGAACCUGCUGAAACACAAAAAAUGGAAUGUCGGUUGGAUCGACAAGACUUGGCGGCCCAUCACUCCACCUUUGGAGCAGGCGGCUGCCAAGUCGGAUUUCCGUCCCGUUUUCACAUCUUCACAAUUACCAACACCACCGGCCUCUACCUCAUCAGCCGAAGGUGCCGGCGGCCCGAUGGAGGUGGACCAGCCGGACAAGCAAUUGGAUCUGGCGAGCAGAGGCACACGAAUCCGAUAUGCCACGCCUCCAGAAGACGUCCCCUUCCAAGAACAGACUCGCUACAGGCGUCGAAUAGGCCGAGGAGGUCGCAUAAUGGUCGAUCGCCGCGGUGUGAAGCGUCCGAAACUCGACGCCAUCGACGAGCGCGUCGCCGACCGCUACAGGUUCGACUGCGAUAGCAGUGAAGACGAGCAGGUGUAUCCGGUCGACUACACGGACAACCUGCACAUCCGCUACCGCAUCAUGAUCGAGCGCCAGGGCGACAAAACGCACGCCCAACAGCAACAAGCCGCCGCCGCUGCGGCAGCAGCAGCAAUGCAGAACCGUCGCGCCAUCGAGAAUCAUAACCGCUCGUCUUCAGGGCAUCUGCUUCCCCCGACUGCACCCACGGGCUAG